AUGAAUCGAUUGACUCAUCUCAAUAUUAGAAAUAAUAAUGUUGGAGUGGAAGGAGCAAAGAUCAUUAGUGGAAUUAUGAAAAAAUUGAAAAAUCUUAAAAUAGGUUGCAACAAUAUUGGUGUUGAAGGUGCUAUAUACAUUGGUGAGAUGAAUCAAUUGACUAAACUUGAUAUUAGUCAGAAUGAAAUUGGUGAUGAGGGAGCUAAACAAGUCAGUCAAUUGAAGCAUUUAACAUAUCUUGACAUUUCUGAGAAUAAUAUUACUGCUUUGGGAACCAAAUACAUUGGUAAAUUGACUCAAUUAACUAACCUUAAUAUUGCCAGUAAUUAUAUUGGGGAUGAGGGAUGUAAACACAUUAACAAAUUGAUACAAUUGACUAAACUCGAUAUAAGUGAGAAUGAGAUUAGUAUUCAAGGACUCGAAUAUUUGAGUGAUUUGGAACAAUUACUGUCAGUUGAUGUCAAAAUUAAGGGGAAUUGUUUAUUUAGAGAUUAUAGUUUUUUAUGA